AUGUUUAGCAAGAAGAGUCAAACAUUUAAACCAAAGAAGAAUAUACAGGAGGGUUCAAAACAGUAUCAGCUGAAGCAGUAUGCAGAGGCGACACUGGGCUCUGGCAAUCUGCGCGCAGCAGUGUCACUGCCUCCUGGCGAGGACCUCAACGAGUGGCUGGCAGUAAACACGGUGGACUUUUUCAAUCAGAUCAACAUGCUGUACGGCACGAUCACAGAGUUCUGCACACCCUCUGAAUGCCCGGUCAUGUCGGCGGGCAACAAGUACGAGUACCACUGGGCCGACGGCCAGACCGUCAAGAAGGCGAUCAAGGUGUCGGCGCCCGAGUACGUCGACUACCUAAUGACGUGGGUGCAGUCGCAGCUUGACGAUGAGAGCAUCUUCCCGUCCAAGAUCGGCGUGCCCUUCCCCAAGAACUUCCAGCCCAUCGUCAAGACCAUCUUCAAGCGUCUGUUCCGUGUCUAUGCGCACAUCUAUCACUCUCACUUCCAAAAGAUCGUCAACUUGGGCGAGGAGGCGCAUCUCAACACAUCACUCAAGCACUUUAUAUUCUUCAUUCAAGAGUUCAACCUAGUGGACAAGAAGGAGUUAGGUCCUCUUGCCGAACUAAUUGACACUCUCAUCAAGAAUUGA